GCCCUGGCGAUUUAAUGCGCAAAAUUUGCAAUUCAACAUCUGGAAAUGGAGUUCUCCAUCAGGCUGCAUGAGCUCUAUGCCUUCCCAUUGCUGAUGGUCGUACGCUGUCUCUGCUAUUGGAGAAUCAUUGGGAUACGAGAUUUGCAUUUGACUCUCCAUCUUUCUUAAUACUCUGCCCAAGUACUGUAUAUAACUUCCUUUGUUGUCGGCGCUCUGAGUUGCAUUUACAUGGACGCAUGGAGGCAUGGAAUAGACUUCUCAAAAGAAAAAGGGAAUAGACGUUUCCCUGGUCUUUCUGCCGAGUUUGUGGGCCUCUGAUGUCACUGCAGUACGAAAUUAAUCUCAUCGAGGCCUUUUCUAUCGUCUCUUUUGCCCACCAAGCAGAAAAUUCUCGGAAGAAAUGUUGCCGGAGGAACCAGCUGAGAAUCAGCGCAAUGCCAAAUAAUUUGGUCACCAGUAGUUGAACAAACACUGUAUUCAGCUGCAAAAUGGUUGGUUUGAAAAGAAACCAAGGAGAGUGAUUAAAUGAUGGCAAUGGGAAUGGGGUCCUUGGUGUUGUUUUCAUGCUUGUUUUGCUACUGCCUUUGAUGCUUUCGGGAUCUUCAUCCUCUGUUUCAACUGUUGCUGCUCUUUAUUUAAGCAUAUUCRGGUAGAGAAUAUUACUUAAACUCUCAAAAAUGGAUUGAAAUUAAACGUUAUGAUACUUCAAGGRCCAAAAUAGAACAAAACUCAAACACCGCAAUAAGAUUUAAACA